AUGUGGACACAGAAACUAAAGUUGACAAGAGUUCUGUUUGGUGUGACAUCUCCUUUUCUACUUAAUGCCACCAUAAAACAUCACUUGAAGAGGUAUGUACAGAAAUUUCCUCAUACUGUUCAACUGUUAAAUAAAUCGUUGUAUGUUGAUUAUUGCCUCAUAGGCGAAGAUGAGGUAGAAAGUGCUCUGACUACUUGUUUAGAGAGUUAUGAAAUUUUUAAAGAUGCUAGCAUGUGUUUGAGAAAAUGGAAAACAAAUUGCCCAGAACUGUUUCACAAGUUGAAAGAACAUAAAUUAGAAGUAGAUGACAUAACUGAUUCUUUUGAUCAAACUUUAAUACCUUCAAAGGUCCUGGGAGUUGCAUGGAAUCCCAAGGAAGACUAUUUUUACUUUGAUACUCGAAAUGUUGAAUUAUUCCUUAAGAAAAAUAAGGGGACUAAAAGAUAUAUUUUACAAAUUGCAGGUCGCAUAUUUGAUCCUAUUGGAUACAUUGGGCCAUUUACUAUUCGUAUCAAAUGCCUGAUACAAGAAAUAUGGUGUUUAGGCUUAGAUUGGGAUGAGGUUGUACCAAAUAAAACCAUUGAGGCAUUUAAUAAAUGGUGUGAUGAUUUAAAGAAAUUGAGUUACAUUCGAUUACCGCGUUACUAUUUCUCACAUGCAUUACCUAAACAUAUAGACAAUAUCCAGUUACACCUAUUUUCAGAUGCUUCCAUCAAAGCUUAUGGAACGGUUGCCUAUCUAAGAGUAAAGCUAAACGAUGGAAACAUCAUAACUAGUUUUGUUGCCUCUAAAGGACGAGUUUCGCCGUUAAAGAUGCUCUCUUUACCUAGAUUAGAACUUAUGGGAGCACUUUUAUCUGCUAGACUGAGUGAAAAAAUCAUAGAAGGUUUGGAAUUUCCAGUUGAGCGAAUUUUUUGGACUGAUUCGUCUAUUACGUACUUUUGGAUAAGAGGUUCACCAGAUAGGUUUAAAAUUUUCAUAAAGAACAGAAUUCAGGAAAUUCACAAACACAGUAAUCCUUCAGAAUGGUUUCACUGUCCUGGAACGGAUAAUCCAGCUGAUUUAAUAUCACGUGGACUUUCGGUUUCAGAAUUAGAAAACAGCGACUUUUGGUGGCAGGGUCCACUGUGGCUGAAAGAAGAUGAAUCGUCGUGGCCAAAAUCUUUAGAAACACACAAAGAACUUAUUGCAAAUCCAGAGACACUAGAAAUUCGGAAAGUUUUAACUUUAAACACAAACGUCGCAGAGAGAAACGAAAACAUCAACAAUUUCCUUAAUCGAUACUCCUCUUUCACUAGGUUGGUUAGAAUUACAGCUUAUUGCUUAAGAUUUCUUAAAAACUGUAAAGAUACAAAUAGAAAAAGGGAUAAUUUAAGUACAUUCGAGCUACAAAAUGCUACACAGGUGUUAGUAAAAUGUGUGCAAUCUAUAGAGUUUAGCUCUGAGAUUAAAUGCCUAAAAAACAAACAGCCAAUUCCUCAAAAUAGCAAAAUCAUAUCAUUGAAUGUGUUUAUGGACGACAAUGGACUUAUGAGAGUUGGUGGUCGCUUGAAAUUCUCCGAGUUAACAGAAUCACAAAAAUAUCAAAUGCUUUUACCGAAAUCUCAUCACCUUACACAAUUAAUCAUCGAACACUUUCAUAACAAAUCAUUACACUCGGGAGUUCAGACAACACUUUAUUUGAUUAGACAAUUUUACUGGAUACCUUCUGGACAAGAUAGAGUCCGAAGAUUCAUACAUAAAUGCUUGACUUGUUUCAAGACUAAGACACAAACUAUUAAUCAAAAGAUGGGUAACUUGCCCAAAGAUCGGAUUGUACCAUCACGACCCUUUGAUAAAGUUGGUUUAGACUUUGCUGGUCCCAUAUUAACAAAACCUAAUUUGAAGAGAUCUAAGGUUGUAAUUAAAUCUUACAUCGCUAUAUUUAUUUGCUUCAGUACUAAGGCUACUCACUUCGAGGUUGUCUCAGACUUGACAACAGAUGUUUUUUUAGCUUGUUUGAGAAGAUUCAUUUCGAGACGUUCAAAACCGUCGAUUAUUUGGAGUGAUAACUUCAUUUUGGAGUGA